AUGGCCGCUUUCCGUUCGGUUCUCACUCUCUCCAACUCGGCCAAAUUGGCACUUUCCACCAGAGUCAGUUCCCUCCAUUUCCUCACGCAUUCGGAUCAACCUUUCACUGUUUCAGACGAUGGCUUCCCAUCCCCUCGCUGGUCUCCUUGGAAAACUGAACCACGUGGCAAUUGCCACUCCAGAUCUCAAAAAGUCGGCCGAAUUCUACAGAGGACUCGGAGCGAAAGUCAGCGAGGCGGUGGUCAGUUUCCUUCCGAUUUUCUUCUGAUUUCAACGAAAUAUCUGUUUAGCCGCAGCCGGAACACGGAGUCUACACGGUGUUCGUGGAACUGCCCAACUCGAAGAUCGAACUUUUGCACCCGUUCGGAGAGAAAUCUCCGAUCCAGGCGUUCCUAAACAAGAACAAGGACGGUGGAAUGCAUCACAUUUGCAUUGAAGUCCGCAAUAUUCACGAGGUUCGUCCCUUUUCCUCUCGUCUUUUCGUAUCAUUACUCUUAUUUUAAGGCUGUCACUGCUGUCAAAUCAAAAGGAAUCCGCACGUUGGGCGAGAAACCGAAGAUCGGAGCGCACGGAAAGGAAGUGAUGUUCCUGCAUCCGAAGGACUGCGGAGGUGUUCUCAUCGAGUUGGAACAAGAGUAG